CAGAUAGGAUAAUAAGUAAUAGUAUCGAGAAGCAUAUUUUAGAAUACUCUUAACCAAGUUUCACAAUUUGAAGGCUAAGAAGAGCAAGAUUCAACAAACAAUAAAGUAUGCAGAUGUAUCAUCAUCAUCAUCAAGGAAAAAACAUCCAUUCAUCAUCAAGAAUGUCAAUCACACCAGAACGACACUUGUUUCUGCAAGGUGGGAAUGCUGGUGGCGAUUCAGGACUUGUUCUUUCAACAGAUGCUAAACCUAGACUCAAAUGGACACCAGACCUCCAUGAACGGUUCAUAGAAGCGGUCAACCAGCUUGGAGGGGCAGAUAAAGCUACACCGAAAUCAGUUUUGAAGCUAAUGGGAAUUCCCGGUCUUACUUUGUAUCACUUAAAGAGUCAUCUCCAGAAGUACAGGCUUAGUAAGAAUCUACACAGGCAAACAAAUAGUGGUGGUUCAAACAAAAUUGAUAUGGUCGUGCCAGCAGGAGAUGCGCUUUGUGAAACAAGUGAAGCUCACAUGACCGAUUUAAGCGUUAGCCCUCAAUCAAACAAAAACUUGCAGAUAAGUGAAGCUAUACAGAUGCAAAUUGAAGUUCAAAGAAGGCUACAUGAACAACUUGAGGUACAGAGACACUUGCAGCUUCAUAUAGAAGCGCAAGGGAAGUACUUACAAUCAGUUCUUGAAAAAGCACAAGAGACGCUUGGAAGACAAAACUUAGGUACAGUAGGACUAGAGGCUGCAAAGGUUCAACUGUCCGAACUAGUCUCAAAAGUAUCCACUCACUGCUUAAAUUCUGCAUUUUCGGGAAUCAAAGAAGUGUCAACACAGACAAACCAACCAACAGAUUGUUCGAUAGAAAGCUGCUUGACGUACGGUGAAGGGCAACAAACAGAACAAGAGAUGAUCGGGUUGACCCUUUUAAAGUCAAAGAAAGUUGACAAUGAUCCAGAAAACUUAUGGUGUGAAGACACGAAAAGAAGCCAUAAAUUUCUCUCAGAGAGCGAUUUGUCAAUGAGUGUAGGCGGUUUUAAGAACAGUGAAUGGAACACAAGUAGAAGCUACGCUGAAGACAAAUUUAUCGGUAGGAAUGAAGAAGACAAUCCGAUGGAUCAAAGCAAUCAAAGCAAAACAGGUUCGGUGAAGCCAGAAAUAUCUGAAAUGCCACAGAAAUUUCAAAUGUCUUAUUUUGGACAGAAACUAGACUUGAACACCCAUGAUGGAAACGAUGCAGCUUCAAGUCGCAAGCAUUUCGACUUAAAUGGACUUGGUUGGUGAUAUGAUAACAAUGACUAUAUAGUUUUAAGUGAAGAAUCAUCUUUUUCAUAUUAAUGCCAAGGAGAUUAAAGAUCUUAUGUUGCAUUUUCAGAAUUUUUGUAGCAUAAUCUAGUGCAGAAACAUGAGAUAUUACAAAUCAAUGAAUCAUGAAGAUUUGGGUUUAUAGCAGCAUACGUUGCUGGAAUUUUAGAAUAGUCAUAAAACUAGGGGAAUCAUAUAUAUCAAUUGUUGUAUUGAAUAACAUUAUUGAAGACUUAUUAUUUCUAAAACUUAUGAAUUCUUGUGAA